AUGGAACACCAAAGAGAACAAGAACUACUACCACCUCUAGUAGCCAUGGUUUCAAGUCCUGGAAUGGGACAUCUCAUUCCAAUGAUUGAAUUCGCCAAGCGACUCACUAACCACCAUAACCUCCCUGUUACUUUCAUCAUCCCCUCCGAUUCUCCACCCUCUAAGGCUCAAACCACCGUACUCUCCUCCCUUCCAUGCGGCAUUUCCCACAUCUUUCUCCCUCCAGUCACCCUCUCCGACCUCCCACCCGACACCAAACCUGAACCACUCAUGACAAUCACCAUCCUCCGUUCUCUCCCUUCUCUCCAUCAAACCCUACUCUCUCUCAUCACCUCCCACCGUCUCUCCGCCUUAGUCGUCGACCUCUUUAGCACCGACGCCAUUAGCACGGCUGCCGAACUCGAUAUCCCUUCGUAUAUCUUCUUCGCCACCACCGCUAAUAACUUGUCUUUGGCCUUUUAUCUUCCCCAACUCGACCAAAAGUUUCCGUCUGAGUUUAGGGAUAUCCAUGAACCGCUUAAUAUUCCUGGUUGUUACACGGUUCAUGGAAAAGACUUACCAACCCCGGUUCAGGAUCGAACCAAUGAAGCCUACACAUGUUUCCUCCACCAUUUGAAAAAAUACAAGUUGGCUAAGGGAAUAAUAGUGAAUAGUUUCUUUGAGCUUGAACCGGAGGCUUUCAUGUUUUUACAGAAGAAUGAACCGGUGGUUCAUUCGGUUGGACCGUUGGUGAACCAAGACAAUAUUGAUAAUGAAUCUGAAUUUGAAGUUGGUUUGAAAUGGUUGGAUGAGCAGCCACUUGGAAGUGUUGUAUUUAUUUGUUUUGGGAGCGGUGGAACCCAUAGUAGUUCUCAAACGAAUGAACUUGCUUUUGGGUUGGAACUGAGUGAACAAAGAUUCUUGUGGGUUUUGAGGUGUCCUAAUGAUAAAGUUGAAAAUGAUUCUAAUUUUAUUGCUAAUAGUAAUGUUGACCCAUUUGAUUUUUUACCUGAUGGUUUUGUGGAGAGGACUAAAGGGAGAGGUUUGGUGGUUCCAUAUUGGGCUCCACAAGCACAAGUUUUGAGCCAUGUCUCAAUUGGAGGGUUUGUAUGUCAUUGUGGUUGGAACUCAAUUCUUGAGAGUGUGGUGAAUGGUGUGCCUUUGAUUGCAUGGCCACUUUAUGCAGAGCAAAAGAUGAAUGCUGUUUUGGUUAGUGAGGAGGUUAAGGUUGCUAUUAGAGUAAAUGUUGGUGAGGAUGGGUUAAUUGAAAGGGAGGAAAUUGCAAGUGUUGUGAAGAGGUCGAUGGAAGGUGAGGAAGGAAAGAAAGUUCGUAAUAAUAUGAUGGGUCUCAAGGAGAUAGCCGCUAAUGCUCUAAAGGAAAAUGGGUCUUCAACAAAACAAAUAUGUGAAUUGGCUCACAAAUGGAAAGGUGUAGCAAUACCAAAUUGA